AAAAGGCUCAGAAUGGCCCAAAGAAUUAGGGUUUAUUUUCUUUUUCGUUGUGGCUCCAUUCUCCGGGUUACUGUCUCUGUUUCACGGCGAAGGUUUAGCUGAAGAGGGAAGUCGAAGAUAAUGGAGAAGACGAAGGGAAGAAAAGAGGAGGUUGUUACCAGAGAGUAUACAGUCAACCUUCACAAACGCCUCCAUGGCUGUACUUUCAAAAAGAAGGCGCCGAAUGCAAUAAAGGAGAUAAGGAAGUUUGCGGAGAAAGCAAUGGGAACAAAGGACGUGAGAGUGGAUGUGAAGCUGAACAAGCAAGUGUGGAGCAGAGGAAUCCGGAGUGUCCCGAGGAGAAUCAGAGUCCGGAUUGCUCGGAAGAGGAACGACGACGAGGAUGCCAAGGACGAGUUCUACUCUCUCGUCACUGUCGCCGAGAUCCCUCCCGAAGGACUCAGUGGUCUGGGCACAAAGGUCAUUGAGGAGGAUGAAUGAUGAUGAUGAUACAUCAUAUAUAUGCUGUUGUGUUUUGAUACAUAUUUUUAGAUUGAUGACAAUUUUUUUCCUUUUUUUUUUUUACUUGUUUUUAUGUCUACCCUUUUGGUAGUUCAUUUUCUCUUCUACCUCUAAAGUUAUGUAAUUUUCGAAGUUUUUGGUAGGUCAGGGUUUCGAACUUCCUAAUUCUUUUCUUUCCAAUGAAACUAACGGGGGAAGUUAAAUAAUA